CACCGCGUGCCCGUGGACGUGGCCUACCGGCGCGGCUACUUCGACGAGGAGAUGAACCGCAUCCUGGCGGACCCCAGCGACGACACCAAGGGCUUCUUCGACCCCAACACGCACGAGAACCUCACGUACGUGCAGCUGCUGCGCCGCUGCGUGCGCGACCCGGACACCGGGCUCUACAUGCUGCAGCUGGCAGGCCGGGGCUCCGCCGUGCACCAGCUGAGCGAGGAGCUGCGCUGUGCCCUGCGGGACGCCCGUGUGACGCCAGGCUCGGGCGCCCUCCAGGGCCAGAGCGUCUCCGUCUGGGAGCUCCUCUUCUACCGCGAGGUGUCCGAGGACCAGCGCCAGGACCUGCUGAGCAGAUACCGGGCGGGCACGCUGAGCGUGGAGGAGCUGGGCGCCACCCUCACCUCGCUGCUGGCCCAGGCCCAGGCCGAGGCCGAGGCCGGGAGCCCGCGCCCAGACCCCCGGGAGGCCCUGCGUGCGGCCACCAUGGAGGUCAAGGUGGGCCGCCUCCGGGGGCACGCGGUGCCCGUGUGGGACGUGCUGGCGUCCGGCUACGUGAGCGGGGCCGCCCAGGAGGAGCUGCUGGCCGAGUUUGGCUCAGGGACUCUGGCCUUGCCCGCACUGACCCGCCGGCUGACCGCCAUCAUCGAGGAGGCCGAGGAGGCCCCCGGGACCCGGCCGCAGCUCCAGGACGCCUCGCGCGGCCCGCGGGAGCCAGGGCCAGCCAGGCAAGGGGACGGCGAGUCGGGGCGCUCCCCGGGCCAGGGCGAGGGCCAGGGCGAGACCGAGGAGGCCGCUGCCGCCGCCCCCCGCCAAGAGCAGACCCUGCGUGGUGCCACCAUGGAGGUGCAGCGCGGGCAGUUCCAGGGGCGGCCGGUCUCUGUGUGGGAUGUCCUCUUCUCCUCGUACCUGAGCGAGGCCCGCCGAGACGAGCUCCUGGCCCAGCACGCGGCCGGCGUCCUGGGCCUGCCCGACCUCGUCGCCGUCCUCACCCGGGUCAUCGAGGAGACCGAGGAGCGGCUCAGCAAGGUGUCCUUCCGAGGCCUGAGGCGCCAGGUGUCCGCCUCCGAGCUGCACACGUCUGGGAUCCUGGGCUCCGCGACCCUGCGGGACCUGGCCCAGGGCACUAAGUCGCUGCAGGAGGUGACGGAGAUGGACUCGGUCAAGCGCUACCUGGAGGGCACCAGCUGCAUCGCGGGCGUCCUGGUGCCCGCCAAGGACGAGCCCGGCCGCCAGGAGAAGAUGGGCAUCUACCAGGCCAUGUGGAAGGGCGUGCUGCGGCCCGGCACG